CCCAUCAUCUGCUCUGCUCCUGUCUCACUCCUGAUUUCUCUGCCCUGGACCUUCCUGCAGAAGCAGCCUAGCUCUCAGUGUCCUGGCUCUCAGAGCCCCCCUCACAGAGUCUGGGCACAUCUGCACACACGGGACAGUGACCUCUACUCCUAAGCAAGACUGACAGUUUGCUUGGGUUUUUUGACUGGGGUGGUGGGGUGUUUGGGGGAGUGCUUGCCUCACAUAAGUAGGAUUUGAAGGAAUUCUUAUCACCUGCGACCCUCUCCCUGAGUUUGUUGGGCUGGGGAGAGAGGAUUAAGAAGGUGUGGACAAACUGGGGUAAGACUGGCAAUCAGACUGCCAUAAAGGGCUGCAGCUCAAAGGCUCUGUCAGCAGACAGAAUACGAGGUUUGUGGCAGGGUUCUGGAGGUUUACCUGCUAUGGUGGGACAUGGGAUAAUGGUGGGGUCCUGUCUCCUGAGCCCCGACCUGUGCUUUGUACUCUUAGACUUAGUGACUUGGCAUCCCCCUUCCACACCCCUGGCUAAGAGGCAACAGCCAAGUCCUUGCUGAGUAAAGGCAGUUGGUGGCAUGGAGCCCAGCGUCUGGGGACACUGCCCUGGAGUGGAGAGCCAGCCCAGUCCCGCCUUGCCAGAGGGCCACAUGCCGUGUGCCCUCCCCUAUCUGUGGUUUUCCAGAGCUCUGAGAGUCACCAUAGUUGGGUAGGUUCACCCUCUCUUCACCCAGUGCUGCUUGGACCACAGAACCUGCCGUGUGGAAGGCCAGCGGAUGAUCAGAGGCUGCGAGCCUGCACACCGCGCUGCUGCCUUCUCCCUCUUCUCCGCCCGGCAGAGCCCCUGCCGGGGUGGGGCUCGGAGCUGAGCCAGCCAGACCCAGAGAAUGAGGAGCCCUUCCUGACAUGAUGAAACUUUGAGAACCAUCUCUCCUGGACCUGGAUGCCGAGAGGGCUGCCCUGGGGCGCCAGAGAGUUGAAAAAGGAACAGAGGGACUUAAGAUAUCAGUUCUUAUUUUUGCAGAUGAGGAAACUAAAACGUAAGUGACUCAGUCAAUGUCAACCAAGUGAUUUCUGUGGAAUUGGGGUUAGAAUGCAGCUGGCUGACUACAAAUCAAUUGCUGUCUCUGGCCUCUCCCAGAAACCCAGCCCCCCGACCAUGGCACAGUCAGCUCACUUCUAAAGUCCUGGGGGCGGGUGCCGCCUUUCAUCUCUGUUGACUUUGGUGCCUGUGAGAGAAAAGAUGGGGCCAGGCACAGCAAGGUGAAGAGGACUGGUGUCCAGCCUUAAAUUGGAGAAGACCUCAGGGUCUGGGGAGGCGGGGAGACAAAGAGGAGCAGGGACAAAGGCCUGGGGCACAUGCCAGCAAGACCAAGGCUCAGCUCAGGGUAACCUGUAGACUUUGACAUGUGCCACCUCUCCAGGAGACCCACACCCAGGCUGGGUGAGGCAGGUCACAGCUCUGUGGAGCCUGUGGGACAAAAACCCAGGGAGCACAGCAGCCAUUCUCCACAGACAAGCACUCAGCCCCUCCCCUGACAUCUCCUGGAGGACGGAACUCAGGAAACAAGAAACUCAAACUCCUGGAGAGGGGAAGAGAUGGACGGCAAACUAUGUGAGCUCUCUCCAGGUUGAACAAGCCUCCUGCUGCACAGGCAGGCGGCAGGGGAGGGGAUGGGAAUAGAGGAGGGGUGCGUGCACCCCAUCUAUGUCCAUAUGUGCCCUUCAUCAUGUUCUAUGUAGGGACAGGGAGCCAGGCGGACUAAAUGCCAGGGCAUUUUGAAAUCUAGGGACUUUGGGGAGGAUGCCCCCAAAUGGACACUACACACAACUAUUUUAAAACAUUGCUGUAGUGUAUUGAUUCAUUUUGACAUAAAAUAUACCAGGCAUAACUUUAUGUCAAUUCAUGCACACAUGCACAGCUGAGCAGGUGAGACUGGCUGCUCCAUCCCUCCCCGGGCCUCGUGGCUGACUCAGUCUUUCUACACUUUUCUCUAGGCCCGUCCCCAGACCUGGUCAAGGAAGCAUGUGGAGUCUGAAGUUCCAUGUACAACGCACUCAGGGUGUGGUGUUUAAGGGGGCUUAAGCUGAGAGCUUUUAGGAAAUGAGGGCUUGUGGCAAAGAGUGCCACAACUGGCAACUGGCCCAGGAAGUGCUCCCGGGGUGCCUGACACUGUCCUCAGCUCCUUUGCAAGCUGUCAGAGUUGGCACUCAGAGCUUGUGAACCCAGUGACUGGAACAAACUCCAAGCUUCGUGAGCAGUGGUGUUGACCUCAUUGCCCCUUGCUGGCUCCAUCCUCACAGCACCUGGCCCGUCCCCACCAACCCUGCUGGUGACAGAAGGCGGAAGAGACGCUCAGCACUGGGCAGCAGAGCUGGGCAGCGAUCAAGAGAGAGAGGUCUGGGGGAGUCUAGGGGACCCCAGAAAGACCACUCAUUCAUAGAUGCAGGCACACAUAUGCACAAACACAACAUGCACGCAUGCACGACACACACCAAAUCACAUAAGACACACACAGUACACAUGUGCACACUGCACACAAGCAAACACACUCCAUACCAUACACAUUUGCACACCAGACUACACCACACCCAAACACACAUCCUAUACAACACACUAUAUGAUUAUAUACAAAUAUUAUAGAUAAAUAUAUAUGCUGUACACGUACCAAAUACCACACACAUGCCCACGCACAUGAGUGCACACACAAACUCCAGCACAGAGGUCAAAACUAUGAGAGCAGAGAUACAACUGCACAGAGACAGAGGCGUAAGAGAAGAAAAACUGGGAAAACCUUAGAAAGACAGGGCAAAUUAAAAAGAGAGAGAGAGACAAUACUAGAAAAAAUUAUACAUAUGUGUAUGUAUGUGUGGUUUGGGGGCUCUAAAUUAGUAUUUCUCAAUAGAGGAUGAUUUUUGCCAAUCAGGGGACAUUGGGCAAUGUCUAAAGACAUUUUUGGUUGUGACAAUGGAGGAAAGGGACAUGCCACUGUCGUUAGCAAAUGGAGGCUCAGACGCUACUAAACAUUCUGCAUUUCCUAGGCCAGCUCCACAGGAAAGAUUUAUUUGUUCCAGAAUGUCAAUAAUAAUUCCCAGGUUGAGAAAUAAGGCCUGAAAUGCUGAAACCAGCGUCAAACAGCUCCAUGCCCCCAAGCAGGGCUCUGGCCCAGCACUGUGGGGACCGACACGUGCACACACACCUUUUCAACAGUCUCUGGGACCUCCUGGCUGGGCAGGCCCUGGAGGGGGUCAGUCCAACUGUGGGGCUCCAGUGAAUCCUGAGGACCUAACUUUUGCUUAGGCUAGUGGCUGAGACUCAGCCUGAGGCAGUGAGAUCUGGUUAGAGGCACCCUCAACCCCCUCGCGGGUCAGCAUGAUCUAGAUCUGUCUUCCCUCCUCCCAGGCUGGACUCCUUCAGGUCUCACCAGGGCUUGGUCAGCACCACCAUGAGAAGAUCAGGGCAGACUAGAUGUCUGUCUGUAAGCUCAUCAUUAAGGACGAGACCAUCGAGAGGGACAACGGUGACUUGCUCCGUGUGGGGGCUAAACACGCAAAGGCAACCCAAGCAGGGAAGGAGAGAGAGAGAGAAAGAGAGAGGAAAACAGCUUGAUCUUCCCAUCCUGGCCUCUGCAGCCUCCCCCUCCAGCAGGACGCACACUCAUGAUGUUAUCUCCUUCCCACCAGGGACCAACCUGGGGUCUUUGUCUAGAGCUGAAUAGGACAGAGGUGGGUGGGUCGGCAAGCAGACAAACGCUGGCUAAUGGGCACAAAGGUCCUGGGUUCAAGGUUUGGAUCCGAGUGCCACGCCCCGCCCCCCCUCAAGCUUGAACCCACUGACCCAUGUGGGUGGGGAAGGCGCUAAUCAGCUGCUGUGUUUGCUCAGGGCUGUGUGGCCUGGCCACGGGCCCAGCAGCAGCACACAAGCCGCUUUCCCUUUGAAGCGGCCCCUCUACAGCCACCCCGAACUUCGCAGCCCGCUCUGUGCAUGCCCCACACCUGAGACACACUGCCCACACCACGCACACCAUAUACCACACACACACACACACACACACACACGUGCCGUUAACAUACAGCACACAUCACCCGCCACGUGCACUCUGCAGACACACACAACGGGUGUACAACACACACCCCACAUCACACAUUCUGUCAUAGACACCACAUACACACGCUGUACACACACAUACACAUACCACAUUCACCACACACAGACCACACCACAACAUACGUAUGCAUACACGAGACACACCAUGUACACUACAGACAUACCACACGCGACACAUCCAUUACACACCCCCCACACACACCACACAUGACGCACACACAGCACACACACUAUAACAUGCCUGUACCACACACACCAUCCCAUUACACACACGCUGGCCACAUACACACGACACAUACAUACUAUGCACACCAUUCACGCAACACACAGGUACACACGUGCUGUACACACACACCACACACUUACACACUCCCUCCCCUGGACCAUCCAGCUGUGUAUCAGAGACAGGAAAACACUGACUCCGAAGCUAAGUAGCGACCCCUAGCCUGUCUCUGAUCACCCGGCAACUGCAGCCCUGUCAGGCAUCCCUGGCUGCAGUAGGGGCAAACCAGAACCUCUGUUCUUUCCAGCAGGAAAGCCGGGCUAUAGGACUUUCAGGAUGGCUUCCAUCCAGUUCCGCGCUGUGGGAUGAGGACAGGCUUGUGCUGUGGAGUGUCCCUCGGUGUCACUGUGCUGAGCUCUGCACCCGCAGGAUGAGUGUGUGUGGCAGGAAAAAGAGGGUGGGCCCGGGGUUGAGGUGUACUUGGAUCUUGUCUCUGCCUCCUCUGCCACUUCUGCCACCUCUGUGACUUGGGAGAUUUCCUUUACUGCUAACACCUGUCUCACAGGUUUGCUGUGGGUUUAUGUGGGAACUCAGGUCAAUGGCCCAGCACACCAUAGGAAAUGAAUAAAUGCUUCCUCCCCUGGAAGGUUGACAAAUAAAAUAGUUGGACAAUCUGGGACUUAUUUACACUGAAGAAAUUUUUUGCUGCUUACCUAAAAUGCAAAUGUGACUGGUUGCCCUGUAUUUCUCUGGCACCCACCAUGUCUGUGUCACUAAAGUGGGUCUCUAGGGCUCCAGAGAAGGGGUCUGUCUGCCUGCCUAUAGCUACAUUUUGUGUGUUGGCUGGAGAGCUAAGAGUGUAUUUUACAUCUUGUUUAAAAAACAAACAAUGAUAAAAAAAAAAACAAAGAAGAAAACAUUAGAGACUAUAUUGGCUUGCAAAUCCUGAAAUAAUUUACAUGUGCUGUCUGCCCCUUUGCAGAAAAUGUUUGCUGACCUGAAGUUGGUGAGAAGAGAGUUUGGGAGAACUAGGGAUCUUCACUCUCUCUAUAUCAAUUCUGGGCCAGGCAAGGGAUCAAAGUGGCAGAGCUGAGACAAUUCAGGUCUCUGCGACACAAGCAGGGGAAGCACAGACAGUGGAGAGGAAGGAGGCAGUGGCCGAGAAGGCAGAGAGAGGACGUGGGGCACAUAUGUGGGCCCUUCCUGUCUAGGAGUAACUGCCCUGAUUCUUCCCCUCUGCCCUUGAUGUCUGGAGUCUCUCAGGCUAGCCUGACCUGUCCAGGCCUUUCCAGAGGUCACCCAAAGUCCAGGGAAUGCCUAGCCAAUCUCUUUGGAGGCCUCCCUUACCCAGCAGUGACUGGCCGGAGGCAAGGAGCCAGGCCUAGGUGGAGAGAGAAUUGGGGUUGAGGCAAGGCCCCCACAGUAGGCAGGUCUGUGGCCUGUCUCUUUAAAUCUCAGGUAAUUUGGGAGGAGGGUGGGAGUGUCUGUAGCUCCUGCUCACUCCCAGCAGCAGCUCCACUGACGAGCCCAGCAGAGUCCUGGCUGGCUCUGCCAAGUGUAACAAACUCGGAGCCCUCUCCAGACUGGCGGGGGCGGCCACCAGGAGACUCCCAGGGAACUCAGCCUUGAGGUGGGAGACGGGACCUCUACAGAGAGAAGACAGGCCGGCCCUUGGGGGAGCCAAUGUAGCCCCACGACUGAGUUCAGUCAGGGUCUGGCCUUGGCCUCAACCCCCCAAGGAGCCGGCCCUACACCCCAUGGGGUUAUCACUGCCCAAGGAGAAGGGGCUAAUUCUCUGCCUGUGGAGCAAGUUCUGUAGAUGGUUCCAGAGACAAGAAUCCUGGGCUCAGAGCCGAGAUGAGCAGAACCUGCUGCAGCAGAAGAGGAUCUGGGAGUCUCCUUUCCUUCUAGCUGCCAAAGAGAAUGAUGUCCAGGCUCUACACAAGAUGCUCAAGUAUAAGGCCUGUGAGGUGCACCAGAGAGGAGCCAUGGGGGAGACAGCACUGCAUGUAGCAGCCCUCUAUGACAACGUGGAGGCCGCCAUUGUGCUGAUGGAAGCUGCCCCUGAGCUGGUCUUUGAGCCCAUGACAUCGGAACUAUAUGAGGGUCAGACUGCACUGCACAUCGCUGUCGUGAACCAGAACGUGAACCUGGUGCGAGCCCUGCUGGCCCACGGGGCCAGUGUCUCUGCCAGAGCUACAGGCGCUGCCUUCCGCCGCAGUCCCCGCAACCUCAUCUACUUCGGGGAGCACCCUCUGUCUUUUGCUGCCUGCGUGGGCAGUGAGGAGAUUGUGCGGCUUCUCAUUGAGCAUGGAGCCGACAUCCGGGCCCAGGACUCCUUGGGAAACACAGUGUUGCACAUCCUCGUUCUCCAGCCCAACAAAACCUUUGCCUGUCAGAUGUACAACCUGCUGCUGUCCUAUGAUGGCCGUGGAGACCACCUGCAGCCCUUGGACACUGUGCCCAACCACCAAGGCCUCACCCCCUUCAAGCUGUCUGGAGUGGAGGGCAACACUGUGAUGUUCCAGCACCUGAUGCAGAAGCGGAAGCACAUCCAGUGGACGUAUGGACCGCUGACCUCCACCCUCUAUGACCUCACGGAGAUCGACUCCUCAGGAUGCGAGCAGUCCCUGCUGGAACUUAUCGUUACCACCAAAAAGCGGGAGGCUCGCCAGAUCCUAGACCAGACACCAGUGAAGGAGCUGGUGAGCCUCAAGUGGCGCAGGUACGGGCGGCCGUACCUCUGUGUGCUGGGGGCCAUCUACCUCCUCUACAUCAUCUGCUUCACCAUGUGCUGCAUCUACCGCCCUCUCAAGUCCAGGACCACCAACCGCACCAGCCCCAGGGACAACACGCUCCUGCAGCAGAAGCUACUCCAGGAAGCCUACGUGACUCCCGAGGAUGACAUUCGGCUGGUGGGGGAGCUCGUGACCAUCCUUGGGGCUCUGAUCAUCCUGCUGAUAGAGAUUCCAGACAUCUUCAAGAUGGGGGUCACUCGCUUUUUUGGACAGACCAUCCUUGGGGGGCCAUUUCAUGUCCUCAUCAUCACCUAUGCCUUGCUUGUACUGGUGACCAUGGUGAUGCGGAUCACUAACACCAAUGGGGAGGUGGUGCCCAUGUCCUUGGCCCUGGUGCUGGGCUGGUGCAAUGUCAUGUACUUUGCCCGAGGAUUCCAGAUGCUGGGCCCCUUCACCAUCAUGAUCCAGAAGAUGAUUUUUGGUGAUCUAAUGCGAUUCUGCUGGCUGAUGGCUGUGGUCAUCCUGGGCUUUGCUUCAGCCUUCUAUGUCAUCUUCCAGACAGAGGACCCCAUCGAGCUGGGCCACUUCUACGAUUACCCCAUGGCCCUGUAUAGCACCUUUGAGCUGUUCCUCACUGUCAUCGAUGGCCCUGCCAACUACAAUGUGGAUCUGCCCUUCAUGUAUAGCAUCACCUAUGCGGCCUUCGCCAUCAUUGCCACGCUGCUCAUGCUCAACCUUCUCAUCGCCAUGAUGGGAGACACUCACUGGCGAGUAGCUCAUGAGCGGGAUGAGCUCUGGAGGGCGCAGGUUGUGGCCACCACGGUGAUGCUGGAGCGGAAGCUGCCUCGCUGCCUGUGGCCACGCUCUGGGAUCUGCGGGCGCGAGUAUGGCCUGGGGGACCGCUGGUUCUUGCGGGUGGAAGACAGGCAGGACCUCAACCGGCAGCGGAUCCGACGCUAUGCGGAGGCCUUCCACACCCUGGGCUCUGAGGACUUGGACAAAGACUCAGCGGAAAAACUCGAUCUGGGCCGCCCCUCCAGCCCCAACCUGUCCCUUUCUAUACCCUCGGUGUCUCGAAGUACCUCCCGCAGCAGCAUCAACUGGGAGAGGCUCCGGCAAGGGACCCUGAGGAGAGACCUGCGGGGGCUGGUCAACAGGGGUCUGGAGGAUGGGGACAGCUGGGAAUACCAGAUCUGAGGG